UGAUAAUCAACUUUGCGCGUCUAUUUUUUGUCACCUAUGCGUCUCCAUGAUGAAAUGCAUUUCUGCCUACAAGCGGCACCUCGAAUCGAGUGCAUGCCUAACCCGUUGAACUCCUUCUCUCCAUAUCAUUUAUAUGACAUUCCGGUCCAUUCCUAACCUUUUCCCGUCACCGAUGCAGGCUCGAACAGUGUGCUUUGGAAAGCCUAUUCGCGUGUCAAGCAGACCAUUGCCGAGACCCACACCCCUAAUCCUCUCGACACCAUGACCGAAUAUUGGUAUUCAUUGGGUUCCCCACGGUCUCAGGACCUUCACCAGCGUCAGCAGCAGCGCCAUCAUUACACCGAUAUGGAUUUAGUUGUCGAUACCAACCCCUAUACGGAGGAGCCAUCCAUCUCGGCACCCUCCUCUGCUUCGCCACCUGGUUCUUCAUCCUCAGCCCCCUUGUCACCGUUGUCGCUAAGCAAGAUUGACGGCGGUAACAACAAGCACAACAUCAAAGAAGGACCCAGUAGCGGGGCGUCAGCCAGUACCGAUAUUGCUUCAUUGACGCCAUCAUCCAUAUCGGGAUCAUCAACUCGAUCUCCAUCGCCUGGAUUAAAAUCGAGUCAGUCCAUCAAUGGACUUUCAACAUCGUUGACGAGAGCAACGGUCUCUGCGCGUUCGUCCUCUGCGUCUGCUCUUGUUGCAGUUGCAUCAUCGCUUCAAUCGGUUCUUCAAUCCACGGUGACGGAGGAAGGACGUCGACUGCUGGCCCAGCGAUCUAGGACGUCACUGAACAGGUUGCUGGACACGGUGUUGGAUAAUGCGACUAGUCUUGCGGAAUCGAGCACGGCACAUGAGUCGUAUUCGGAAGAAGAGGCUGUCGCACAGCAAGGUCAGUCAAAGAGACCGACAGGAACGCCACCGUUGCAACGAAAGACGACCACCCCGAGAGUUAAGUUCUUUGUCUGUGAAGAGAGCGAGGAGGACGAAAGCGAGGAAGAACUGAGGGAGGAGUCCGUAUUCAAACAUCGUGUCUCGGGUCAAAGAGCGCAGACGAUGGCGCCUUCGAGGAUGAAUGAGGAGGAGCACGAUGGUGAUUGUGAGGAUUUCGAUAUGCAGGAGGACGAGAAGGAUGAGGUGGAUUUGUUUGGCAAGAAGAUGCCAAUUACUUUCGGUUCUCGUCGUCAGGGACCUUCACCGCUUGCUAUGUCCGCUGGAUUUAAGAGCACAGUCAUGGGGAGACGACAAUCGUUGCUGUCCGAUCUAUUGAAGGCGGAGAAGCAACAACAACAACGACAACAACAACAACAACAACAACAACAACAACAACAACAACAACAACAACAACAACAGCAACACCAGAUUAGCCCUGCUAACUCGGAUGGUGAAGCAACCAUUAGCAAUAUGACUGCCACCAUGAUGCCGCGCAUAUACCCGGUGUCCCAGCAGGCAAAUAGCAGUUUCCGUCGCGAGACGAUGUCCAGACCGUCUUUGGUUAGAACCAAGAGGGUCUACAAGAACUUGGCGGAGAUGGCCAAGACCUCGAAUGCCGCUCAUGUUUGAUCACCCGUAUUUUCUCAGCAGGACUGGAAAACAACAACUCUCUACUCACUUUUUUGUAGUCGAUGGAUAGCGACCACACUGCACCGCAACCACUACUA